GCAGAGGUGCGAACCCUUCACGGGGUUGUGGCUGGAGGGACCAUGGCCGGGAAUGGCCAGCAACCUCCCGAGCACAUGGAGGGCAACCUGCGGCCACUGCCGGAACCAAGAGGAUGCUGAGUCCUCUCCCCUUGCUCUAGGACAAGGGACACCUGGCCCUCAUCUCCACCUCUCGCAGCAGGGAGGGGUCCAGGAGACGGCACAGCCUCAGCGAAGGCAGAACUCACUCUGCCCUUCGCAGUACACGGUACCAUCUUCCCAGCUCCUCUAGCCACAGCCCGUCCAGUGACCCUCAACUCUCACGCCGUCAGUCCUUCCUUCAGCAGACCCCAGCCACUCCUUCAGAAUAUCUCCAGAAGCCUCCAGAGGCCCUUACUUUCUCCUUCCUGCUCCGUCCCUGUCCUGUCCACCGUGACUGACCAGCCUCUUCACUGCCUGCUGCUGCCUGGGCCCCACACGAAGCCAGAGUGACGCUGUGGACCCCCUUAUCCGGUCACAUCCCUCCCUUGCUUGGAACCCUCCUGUCACUCCCUCUCACUUAGGGAAAGGAUAGAGCGGUCCCCGGGAUCCACAAAGUGAUUAUCUGCCCUCUGCCUUCCUCCUCAACCGACCUCUUGUCAUGCUCUAGGUCUGCCUGUUCGAACUCUGCAGACUCAGUCUUGACUCAGACCUUUGCCCUCGCCGGUCCCUUCCCUGGCUACCCUUUCCCUCCAGCUGGCAUGGCUGCCUCCAUUUUAUCACUCCGGCCUUCACCCAAAUAAUCCUUUUCCAAGAGGAUCUCUCUGACCAGCCAGAGUAAAAGCCCCUAGCACUCUUGUGAUGCGGGAGUCUGCGGUCAUUUCCUCCUUUCUGAUGCCUAUGUGAGUGUUGCGUGUGUCCCUUCUCAAAGGUCUGCGCCAAGAGCACAGGGAAGUUUGCCAGCGUGUCCCCUACUGGAGCCCCAGGCUCUAUAAGAUGGCUGGGCAUAGAGUAGGUGCUCAGUAAAAAUUCCCGGAUGGAAAGGGCUGGGACCUGUGUCGCUCCCAGUGCCUGGCACUGUCUAAAUGACCAUGUGCACUCCUCACCUACCGCCAUGCCUUCCCUGUGGAGUCACUGGCCCCAUUUCACAAAGGAUGGAACCGACACUAGAGUCGGCAAAACCCUCAGCAGUUUUCCCUGGGUCUGCACAGCCGGUAGUGGUGGAGCUGGGAUUCAGGCAGAGCCCAGCCACAAUCUUUGGGGAAAUAGGUUUAGGAGACCCAAAUUUCGAGAUGCAGGAAAUGCCCAAGGAAAAGUUGUUGCCUGAGGUCUAUCUGCAAGUGGCUGCCACUGGAUUCGAACCCUGAUGGGCCUCCCAGAACAGUGUUAAGCUCAACAGACUGUUUGUCUGGGGGACGCACCCUCCCUCCGUGCAGGUGCUCAGGGGCCAUUAGCUGGAGGGGACCAGGUGCAGGACGUGGGUCUCCAUGAAUAAUUGAGGAUCUCGGGCAGGUGGCCGCCCCACAGCUGUCACCUGGCCGCAGGCAGGGAAGGGGCAGUGGUGAUGUCACUUCCUCCCCUGCGGGGCCAGGGACACGGGUUAUAAGCAGCUGCCGCACCGUCCAGUGCAGCCGCUGAGCACUCUGGUCAGGACGCCCCAGCAUGCAGCACCGCGGGCCCACCUCUGUGCUGCUGUUGCUGCCGUUGCCCCUGCUGUUGGCGCUGCUGCUGGGGGCAGCCACCGCUGCUCCCUUGGCGCCAAGAUCCUCCAAGGAAGAGCUGACUCGCUGUCUGGCUGAGGUGGUCACGGAAGUGCUGGCGCUGGGCCAGGCCCAGAGAAGCCCCUGCACAGCUCUCCUCCACAAAGAAAUGUGUCAGACAGAGCCUUAUGGCUGUGUGUCUGCCAAAGAGAAAGACCUACUGCUUGGGGAUUUCAAGAAGCAAGAGGCUGGGAAGACGAGGUCCAGCCAGGAAGUGAGGGAAGAGGAAGAGGAGGCAGAGAGGGACCACAAGUCUAAGGUGCGGGAACAGACCAUCCACGAGCAGCUCCACAGCCGACUCCGCCAGGACGAGGAGAACGAGGAGGAGGAGGAGGAGGAGGAGGAGGAGGCAGAGGAGGAGGAGAAAAGGAAGAAGAGGGGGCCCAUGGAAUCCUUCGAAGGUGAAGGCCUGUGGAGGCAUCACCUAGAGGGCAGAGGGGGCCCCCAGAAGCGAGUGGCAGAGCAGGCCAGUGACGAGGAGACAGCACAGUUCGAGGCGGAGGAGAAGGGCCUGCAGGUGCUAGGCGAGGGCGGCGGCCUGUGGCGGGGAGCCGAGGGGGGUGGAGGAGAGGGACACGAGGACUCGCCGCACCGCCACCACCCCCACCAGCCAGAAGCUGAGCCCACGCAGGAGGAGAAGGAAGAGGCUUCGGAGAGGGAGGAGCAUGACAUGGAGCGGCUGGAGCACGUGAGAAAGGAGCUGAAGAAGGCAACCGAGAUUCUGGGGGAGGAGAUCAGGAGGGAGGGAUGACUCCUGACACCCCCUAUGGCCUAGGACCAUGGACCCCCAAAGCUCACCUCACAGCCCACUCCGUCCCCCGGCCUGCAGGCAUGGGGGAAGGGUGGGCUGUGCGACCGGGCCCAGGGCCUGAACCUGAGCUGGGCAGAGGAGCUGGGCUCACUGACUCAGGACACACCCGGCCCCCCGUGUCACCCCCUCCGACCCCUCCGUGUGAAUAAAGCACAAAGA